AUGCCGGCCACUCUCCAUGGCAAUGGGUCUCUGGUCAUAUUCGACUUUGGCAUCGAAGUCGGCGGCAUCGUCACUCUGAAUUAUACUUCCUCAGGCAGUGGAGCAUUAGGUAUGGCGUUUACAGAAGCCAAGAACUGGAUAGGCGAGUGGUCAGAUUCGUCCAACGGCGCAUUCAAGGGUCCUGAUGGGGCACUGUACGCAAACUUCACGCAGGCUGGAAAGGGCUCGUAUACAAUGCCAGAUGAAGCCUUGCGUGGGGGUUUCCGAUACAUGACAGUGUUCCCGGUCACGAAUGAGUCUAUCAAGGUUCAGAUCCAGGAUGUGAGCUUGGAAAUUGGCUUCCAGCCGACGUGGUCGAAUUUGCGGGCCUACCAGGGCUACUUCCACUCAAACGACGAACUGCUCAAUCGAAUCUGGUACAGCGGUGCCUAUACACUGCAAACCAACUCGGUCCCAGCCAACACCGGUCGUCAAGUCCCAAUGUUGCAUAAUGGAUGGGCCAAUAAUGCAACUCUAGGCCCUGGCGAUACUAUCAUUGUCGACGGGGCUAAAAGGGACCGUGCAGUUUGGCCUGGUGACAUGGGAAUUGCUGUUCCGUCUGCUUUUCUCAGUACAGGCGACCUGGAGAGUGUCAAGAAUGCUCUCCAGGUGAUGUACAACACGCAAAGCCGAGCCGAGUCGAAACAGAAUACAGCGACAGGUGCUUUUGACGAAUCAGGGCCACCGCUCAGUCAGAAGAACUCGGAUACCUACCAUAUGUGGACGAUGAUCGGGACCUACAAUUACGUGCUAUUCUCCAAUGAUACCGACUUCCUUUCAACCAACUGGCAGAAAUAUCAAGCCGCUAUGGACUUCAUCUAUGGAAAGGUGGAUGGAAAGUCGGGAUUACUGAUUGUCACUGGCACCCGCGAUUGGACGGGAGCACAGCUGGCUGCUUGGGCAGAUAGCACGAGUUCUCUCGCAGACACGUGGAACACCAGAGCAGAGAAUCUCAAGAAGGCUAUCAAUCAGUACUGCUGGGACGAUACAUAUGGGGCGUUCAAGGACAAUGCCACGGCCACGAGUCUUCAUCCCCAGGACGCAAAUAGUAUGGCAUUGCUUUUCGGCAUUGUCAACCAGACACGCGCAACAGGUAUCUCCGAGAGGCUGACAGAUAAUUGGACCCCAAUCGGUGCAGUUGCACCUGAGCUUCCCGAGAAUAUCUCGCCAUUCAUUUCGUCGUUCGAGAUCCAAGGUCAUUUUGCUGCCGGCCAGCCCACCAGAGCGCUCGAGCUCAUUCGGCGAAGCUGGGGGUGGUAUCUCAACAGUCCCAAUGGCACGGAGAGCACUGUCAUUGAGGGGUACCUCACCAACGGCACCUUUGGCUACAGGUCCAGUCGCGGUUACUCAUACGACGCCUCCUAUGUCUCGCAUGCACAUGGGUGGUCUGCAGGGCCAACGUCUGCCCUGACCAACUACGUCGUUGGUCUUCCCAUUACAUCGCCUGGAGGGACGACUUGGAAAAUUGCACCGCAAUUUGGUGAUCUCAAGUUUGCCGAGGCUGGAUUUACAACAUUACUGGGGAAGUACAAGGCGUCGUGGGAGAGAAAUCCAAGGGGAUACACGCUACAAUUCUCAGUUCCUCACGGGACAACGGGAAACCUCACCUUGCCAUUUGCGACAAGUCCAAAGAAGCCUUCCAUUAAGAUCGAUGGACAUGACAUCAAAAGGGGUUUGGUAUAUGAACAUGAAACUGCAACCAUCACAGUGACUGGAGGAGGAUCACACCUUGUAGUUGUUAGAUAG